CAUUGCGAGGCAGUGGUGGCAGAGUCCGGUCUUGGAGAGUGACUUCCACGGCCCGGUGUCUGGCUCGUCCUCCUCCUCCUCUUCUUCUGAAGGAACCUCUCGACUACUGACUGCUGUGAGGGAAGCGACGAAGACAGAAGAAGAAGAAGAAGAAGAAGAAGAAAAAGGAGAAAACUCACACCGGUACAAACAACAAGCAAAACAUUAGAACCACCAACUGAUUAAAAAACAAAACAACAUCGACACAGCUAAGAGGAAGGUGACGAAGACAGAAGGAGAAGUUGAGGAAGAGGAAGAAAAAGAAGAGAAAGUAGUAGAAGACGAGGUGGAGGAAGAGAAAGCUGCAGAGAAAGGUCAACAACAACAACAAAAAAAACAUUAGUACCAGAGAAAAACAAAACAAAACGGACAUUAACCGAUAAAACCAAAAUACUGCAACCACCACCACCACUACCAACAACAACAAUAACCAAAAACAAAAGAACUUAACAAUGCCACCAAAUAAGGACAAAGUUGGGGGCGUCAGUGUUUCCAACGGGACCGACAUCACAACCAACAACAAUAACACCGAGCCGGGUAUCGAACAGGAGGUCACCCCGACACUGGACACUCCACCAGAAAAAGGAAAGCCUAAAGAAGCCGCAGGAACCAAGGAGAUGAUGGUCGGGGACUUGCUGGAGGUGAAAUUAAGCGGCGGGAAGUGGACGGAAGAAGAAAUUGAGUUCCUGGUUGAAAAGAUCACAGAUUACUCCCUCGAUGACGUCCAACUGGGUACCAUGCUGGCGGCCGUCAAAGUGCGGGGCAUGGAGCGUGAGGAGGUGGUCGCUCUCACCAGGUGCAUGCGGGACUCAGGCCAGGUGCUGUCGUGGCCUGGGGAGUGGCGUAUGAUGGACAAACACAGCACUGGGGGCGUGGGCGACAAGGUAUCCCUGCCCCUGGCCCCCGCCCUCGCCGCCCUGGGCCUACACGUACCUAUGAUCAGCGGCAGGGGGCUGGGGCACACGGGGGGGACGCUGGACAAACUGGAGAGCAUACCCGGCUACCGCGUGCCCCUCACCCAGCAGGAGAUGGCGGCGGCGCUGCGGGAGGCGGGCUGCUGCAUCGUGGGUCAGACGGCGGACAUCACCCCCGCGGACCGACGGAUGUACGCAGCCAGGGACGUGACUUCCACCGUCAACUCCCUCCCGCUCAUCGUGUCCUCCAUCCUGUCCAAGAAGGCAGCGGCCGGCGUGGACACCCUCGUACUGGACAUCAAGUUCGGCCGCUCGGCGUUCAUGCAGACCCUGGACGAGGCGCGGGAGCUGGCGGAGGCGAUGGUGGGGGUGUCUGCCGGCCUGGGGCUCACCACCGUCGCCCUGGCUACAGAGAUGUCCAGCCCCAUUGGGAGGAGUGUGGGGAACGCUCUGGAGGUGAUUGAGGCGCUGGAGUGUUUGAGGGGCGCGGGGCCGGCCGACUUAAGGGAGCUGGUUGUGCAUUUGGGAGGGGAGCUGGUGGUGGCGGCGGGCUUGGCGGUGGACGCGGAGGGGGGGCGCCGCGCCGUGGAGAGGGCGUUGGACGACGGUUCAGCGCUGGCGGCCUUCAGGAAGAUGAUUCAGAUGCAGGGCGUGACUGCCGAGCUGGCCACGGCACUCUGCGGCCCCAACCCAGACUACUCCGUGCUGCCCCGCGCCGCGCACACCACGCCCCUGCACGCCCGCACGGCAGGUGUGGUGAGCAGUAUCGAUGGGAUGGCCCUGGCGUACGUUAGCUUGAGUCUGGGCGCCGGCAGGAAGCGAUCAAGUGACCCCAUCAACCAUGCCGUGGGGGUGAUGCUGAAGAAGUGCGUGGGUGAGCGUGUGGGCGUGGGUGAGGCGUGGGCGGAGCUUCACCACGACAAGCCACUCAGCAAGGCUCUCGUCAGCCAGGCCCAGAACGCGUUGGUGCUGGACGAGAAUGGCGAAGUCUUCCCUGCACCUUCCCGCAUCGCCGCUCGUUUUUCUUAAGAGUCCCGUUUUCUGUAAUCUCUUGGUGUUUAUAGUAUUUCCGUUUUCUGUAAUCUCUUCGUUUUCUUAGUUUUCCCGUUUUCUGUAAUUUCUCGGUUUUCUAAGAGGUCCCGUUUUCUGUAAUCUCUUCGUUUUCUUAGUUUUCCCGUUCUCUGUAAUUUCUCGGUUUUCUUAGAGGUCUCGUUUUCUAUAAUCUCUUGUUUUUUUAAGUUUUCCCGUUUUCUGUAAUCUCGGUUUUCUUAGUAUUGCCGUUUUCUGUUUGCUCUUCGUUUUGUUAGUGUUCCCGUUUUCUGUUAUCUCUUCGUUUUCUUAGUAUUCCCGUUUUCUGUUAGCUCUUGGUUUUCUUAGUGGUUCCGUUUUCUAUAAUCUCAUGGUGUUUCUAGUAUUCCCGUUUUCUGUAAUCUUGUGUUUUUCAGUCUUUUUAACGGCAUCAUAAAGGAGUUUCUGUGUUUUAUGUUAUCUUUUUCAUGUAUAUCAUUGUUUGCAUGUCAUGAGGCUUUUUGAUGUGUCUAAACGCUGUUAUCUGAUCAUUAGAAGCUAUAUAAGAAUUUUUUGUCCCUUUCUCUUCUCUUUCCCUUAUUUUUCCCUUGUAUUCUGAUAUUAUAUGAUCUGGAGAGUUACUUUAGAUCUAUUUUCGCGUUAGAUAAUGAAGAUUUGCUUUUAUUUGUUCAUUCUGGAAGUUUUUCUCGUAAAUAUUGCUGGUAGUCGUUGUUUAUCCUGGGUGAAUGUAGUGUGUUUGUUUCCCAGGUGGAUCAAGACAAUAAUAGGCUUGCUUCCCCUUAUAAGCAGGUAAUAUUGCGUCAUUUACAUAGUUAUUAUCAGAGCCAUAGAAUAGAAGAGCUUGGCCAUAUUCAUCACAGGCGCCAUGUUGCUGCCAAAAGAACCAUUAAUACACCAUACCUUAAUAAAGAGC